UGGCGGGUGUGUAACGGCCGUUAGGCGAGCUGAGGCACUGAACCGCCGUCCGCAGCCGACGUGGUCGCAGUGGUUGGUGUCCCUGAGUGAGGGAUUUCGCUGCCCGCUUUCAAGCUCAUUUUCAGCUGAAUGAGAACAAGUUACGGGGAAUUAAAAGAUAGUGGAGAGAUCUGACUGCUUCCUUCAUUCUACAGCUGGCUCAAAUAACCGUGUUGAUGGCCAUGCAGGAGAAAUACCCAAGUGAGCGGUUCUCUCAUGCCACAUCACCAGGUUCCAAUGUGAUUCAGAGGGGCGGUUCCCUGGGGACUGAAUGGCAGACCCCAGUUAUCUCAGAGGCCUUUCGGAGCCGCUUCAGCCGCUGUUCAAGUAUAGCCGACAGUGGGGACACAGCCAUUGGCACAUCAUGCUCAGACAUUGCGGAGGAUUUUUGCAGCUCAAGUAGCAGUCCUCCUUUCCAGCCCAUCAAAAGCCACGUAACCAUUCCAACAGCCCAUGUGAUGCCUUCUACUUUGGGGACCUCUCCUGCCAAGCCAAAUUCUCCUGCCGGACCCUCUUCUUCCAAACUUCCUUUGUCAGGGCUGACUGAAAGUGUGGGGAUGACAAGAAAUGGAGACCUCGGUGCAAUGAAACGUUCUCCAGGCCUGUCUAGAGAUUUCAUGUAUCUUUGUGGUGCUGCUGGAGAGAAUGGAGUUGAGCAGUCCUGGUUUCCAGCAGUGGGCCAUGAAAGAGAAGAAGAGGCAAGGAAGUUUGAUAUUCCCAAUAUGGAGUCUACCCUCAAUCAGUCGGUAAUGAUGGAGACACUUUAUUCAGAUCCCCACUACCGAGUCUCCUUCCACAACCCAAGAACCGACACAAACAAGGAGUUAUACAAAGUGUUGCCUGAGACCAAGAAGGCACCAGGCAGUGGGGCGGUAUGUGAGCGGAAUGGACCACACCCUAGUGGCAGCGGGGUUCUUCCUUUGGGACUUCAGCCUGCUCCUGGGCUCUCCAAGCCUCUACCUUCUCAGGUGUGGCAACUGAAUCCUGACCCUUGGCAUCCCCGCGAGCGAUCUUGUGAGCUCAGCACUUGUCAGCAGCAGCUGGAUUUGAUCCGUUUACAGAUGGAGCAAAUGCAGCUUCAGAAUGGAGCCAUCUGCCACCAUCCUGCUGCUUUUUCUCCUUCAUUGCCCACAUUAGACCCAGCACAGUGGAUCAGCAUCUUGAACAGUAAUGAAAACCUUCUGAAGGAAAAGGAGCUCCUUAUUGACAAGCAGAGGAAACAUAUCUCUCAGCUGGAGCAGAAAGUGCGAGAGAGCGAACUACAAGUCCACAGUGCUCUUUUGGGCCGCCCUGCCCCCUUUGGGGAUGUCUGCUUGCUGAGGCUGCAGGAAUUGCAGCGAGAGAACACUUUCUUACGUGCACAGUUUGCACAGAAGACAGAAGCCUUGAGCAAAGAAAAGAUGGAGCUUGAAAAGAAACUCUCUGCUUCAGAAGUUGAAGUCCAGCUCAUCAGAGAGUCACUCAGAGUGGCAUUGCAGAAGCAUUCAGAGGAGGGGAAGAAACAGGAAGAAAGGGUCAAGGGUCGUGAUAAACAUAUCAAUAAUUUGAAAAAGAAAUGUCAGAAGGAAUCAGAGCAGAACCGGGAGAAGCAGCAGCGUAUUGAGACCUUGGAACGCUACCUGGCUGAUCUGCCCACCUUGGAAGACCAUCAGAAGCAGAGCCAGCAGCUUAAGGAUUCUGAAUUGAAGAGCACAGAGCUGCAGGAGAGAGUGACUGAGCUGGAGAGUUUGCUGGAGGAGACCCAGGCAGCCUGCAGAGAGAAGGAGGUUCAACUGGAAAGCCUGAGACAGAGGGAAGCAGAAUUCUCCUCCACUAGACAUAGCCUGCAAGAUAAGCAGUUUGUGGAGGUGGCCAGUGGAGAAGAUACAGCUCAACGGGGAGAAGGUCCGCAAGUGGAAAUGGAGUCCUGGCAGAAGGAAUGUGAUUCCCUUCAAAAGAUUGUGGAGAAGCAACAGCAGAAGAUUGAUCAGUUGCGUUCACAAGUACAGAGCCUAGAGCAGGAAGUGUCUCAAGAAGAAGGAACAAGCCAGGCCCUGAAAGAGGAGGCCCAAAGGAGGGAGACAGCCCUGCAGCAGCUGCGCACAGCUGUGAAAGAGCUUUCAGUACAGAACCAGGACCUUAUUGAGAAGAAUCUGACGCUCCAAGAACACCUGCGCCAGGCCCAGUCAGGGUCCCCAUCUUCAUCAGACACGGCCCAGCUGGCAUCUGAGCUGCAUCAGGAGUUGGCCAGUUGCCUUCGAGAUCUGCAGGCUGUCUGUAGCAUUGUGACCCAGAGGGCCCAGGGUCAUGACCCCAAUCUCUCCCUGCUCCUGGGCAUUCACUCUACACAGCACGCAGGGACUCAGCUAGAUUUUCAGAAGCCGGAUGUGAUGAGGAGGAAACUAGAAGAGGUUCAACAGCUACGCCGUGACAUCGAGGACUUAAGGACCACCAUGUCAGACAGAUACGCCCAGGACAUGGGAGAAAACUGUGUCACACAGUGAGGAAUGCUGGGGGUGGGACAGGCUGUAUUCCCCAAGGGAGAAUCUGGUUUGCUGAGAGCCCGGUCCAGCAGGUCCUGCCCUGACAAUCUCUUGCCUCCUGUCUGCUGCUAUUCCCAGAGAAGGGAUGGAGGGGAGGUAUGAGCCUGCAUCUGGGGCCAAGGGCUGAUUAGAGAAUUUUGUUUGCCUUGCCCCACUCUGGCUUUGCCUUGUUGGAUUGCAUUUGUCCUGUCAUCCUGAUUCACCCUUUGAGGAUGAGUUAAUAAUUAACUUUUGCAGGUAGACUGGUAAGUCCUCACAGACUAUUCCCAGUUGCAGGCUGACGUCAAAGGCAAGCAGGCCACUUACCUCCUUUUUCCAUCCUUUGGGAUGG